GCGCACAGGAAGCGAUCGCAACCCGGAUCGGAUUGGAUCGGCGGGAUCGAGCCGCCAUAUGUAUACUAUAUAUACAUCGCAGACUUUACGGUGAACAGCGUCGAUCGCAUGUGGACAAACAAUUAAAUGUAAUGCCAAAGCCAAAGCCCCAAACAAAAAUAGUAUUAAUCGGCAGUCGGUCGAGUUAUCUACAAAAAAAUAGCCCUUCAUUUAAUAACACGUAAACAUCGCAAUGGAAAUUGCCAAAUAAGGCGUAAAUAAACUAAUUCAAAUUUUGCAUGCCACAAAUAAACAAUAAACAAGACUUAAUAUUCAUAGUUAGAUUAUAUAAAAUUAAUAACUAAUACCCAUUAAAAUCAAACAAAGAAAACAAAAAUUCUUUUGUGCAUUCUGGGAAAAAACAACAUGUAUUACAAACACUUGACUCAUUUUUUUAUUUGUGAGCAAUAAGAAGACUAAAUUCUAUAUUGUUUGUUGCUUUAUUGUGCGAUAUCUGGUUUAACAAAGAAAAUGCUAAAACAAAGAAAAAUUUGUUGUUAACAAAUGAAAAAAGAAAAGAAAGGAACUAAAUCAUUAACUGGUUUGCAAAAAUCCACAAAAAUGAAGCAAUCAAUGGAAAUUUAAUAGCGUUCGCAAUAUAAUUUUUUAAAGUGUGUCUUCAGGAGUUUAUUUUGGUUACCAUUCAAGUGAAAUCAUCACCAAUGACGACAAGGUCAAAGAAGCGCUAAAAAAAGAGAAGAGAAGUAAAGUCGAAAUAUACACAGAAGUAGCAACGAAAUGACGGCCAACACAACGACGUCGGAGGAGAAUCUGCUGCGAAGUGGCGGACAGCCGCAGGAGCCCUCCACGCCCACAUCGGAUGCGGAAGUGGGCGGUGGCACGCCCAACGAGCUGAGCGAGAUCUUCUUCGUGGACAACAGCCGGCGCAAGCAGAGCAUCAAAAUCCAGGUGAAACUCUGCCCGGAAGGAGUUUACCUGCGUCGCGAGACCGACGAAGAUGAUCACAUCAACGAGCAGCUCAUCAGGAUCGAUGAUAUCAUUGGAUCGCGCUACGGUCCGCGAUUGAAGAAGCGGGCGCGGGGUGGUCUAAACUCCUGCCGGAAUCCAAAUGUUCCGGGCCAGGAGGCGGCUCCCGAGCCGGAUAGCGAUAAUAGCGCCUAUUUGUACAUCUAUGCGUAUCUGAAGAAGGAGAAGCCGCUGCGGCGUGUGCAAACGCUCAGGAUUCUGCGCUUUCGAUCGAGCAAUGACUAUGGCGUGAAUCUGCAGACCGCCGAGCUGUGGCACCUGACGAUACGGAAGCACAAGCGCGGCAAUGGCAGUAGUUCGCCCGCCGAGUGUGGCAAACCGUUGCUCAUUCUACUCAAUCCGAAGUCCGGUUCUGGCAAGGGUCGCGAGCUCUUCCAGAAACAGGUGGCACCCUUGCUGACGGAAGCCGAGGUGCAAUACGAUCUCCAGAUCACCACACAUCCGCAGUUCGCCAAGGAGUUCGUGCGGACCAGGAGGGAUCUGUUGGAGCGCUACUCGGGCAUUGUGGUGGCCUCCGGCGAUGGUCUGUUCUACGAGGUGCUCAAUGGGCUGAUGGAGCGCAUGGACUGGCACAGAGCCUGCAGGCAACUACCGCUGGGCAUCAUUCCCUGUGGCUCCGGCAAUGGUCUGGCCAAGAGUGUGGCCCAUCACUGCAACGAACCAUAUGAACCGAAGCCCAUCCUCCACGCCACCUUGACUUGCAUGGCGGGAAAGAGCACACCCAUGGAUGUGGUCAGAGUGGAACUGGCACCGGGGGAUAAGCACUUUGUGAUGUACUCCUUCCUGUCGGUGGGCUGGGGUCUGAUAGCCGACAUCGAUAUAGAAAGCGAGCGCUUGCGAUCGAUUGGAGCGCAGCGAUUUACGCUGUGGGCCAUCAAGAGGUUAAUUGGCCUGCGCAGCUACAAGGGCCGAGUGUCCUACCAACUGGCCAAGGACAGAAAGGAACCACCAGUGGAAGCGGCGAGGGAGGCUCGCGAGGUUCCCGUUGAAUCAGACCAGCAGAAGCGACCGUCUCUGCCAUUGAAUGGCGGGGAAUUCCAAGAUCUACCCGAGGAGGAGGAGGAGGAGGGGAGUCUGGAUGGAGAACAGUUCGCCGACGCCAUAUCCCUGGAUCGUUCGGUUUAUCGCCAGCAUGCCGACAGCUGGCACUCGGCCAUGUCCAGGAGAACGGCCUAUUACUCCGUGGGAGGACCCAGCAUGCGCUCCAAUCGCAGCCGCAUGAGCAUUAGCCAGCGCAUCGAGGCGGCCAAUGCGGAAUUCGCAGAGAAGGUGCCAACGGGCAGCAUUCCCGGAUUACAGAUGCCACUGCCCAGUAGCGAGGGCUGGAUCUGCGAGGACGGUGACUUUGUGAUGGUCCAUGCCGCCUACACCACCCAUCUCUCCUCCGACGUCUUCUUUGCGCCCGAUUCCCGGCUGGACGAUGGCCUCAUCUACCUGGUGAUCAUCCGCAGUGGCGUUAGUCGCCAUCAGCUGCUCAAUUUCAUGCUGAGCCUGAACACAGGCACCCAUCUGCCCAUCGGCGAGGAUCCGUACAUCAAGGUGGUGCCAUGUCGGGCCUUCCGGAUCGAGCCGAGCAGCACCGAUGGCAUCCUGGUGGUGGACGGCGAGCGGGUGGAGUACGGACCCAUUCAGGCGGAGGUGAUGCCCGGCCUGAUCAAUGUGAUGACCACCAGUGGUCAGUAGUGUAGCAAUCGUGCAAUCGUGUGCAAUAUUUAAUCCAAAUGCUUUUGAAAGCGAAUUAGGGUCAUUCAGAGAAUGUCAACAUUUAAUAGUUUCUUUAGAUCAAAUUUAGUGUAGAAGAACAAGCUAGCUCACUUACUAAAAUUAUAGCGUCAAAGUUGUGGCCUUUACUAAAUCGAUACCAUUUUAUAUCAGCUAGGAAUAUUUUUUUCCAAGUACACGUAUUUUGACAUUAUUAGGUAGUAAAGUUGGCAAAAGUCAUUAUUAUCUCUGGUUCUAUUAUUAGUAAAACCCAUUCUCAUGGCUCUGAACCGCAAUCUGUAAGUUUUCCAUCCGCCCAUGUAUCAAACGGAAAAAGAACUUCACUCUAUGCACUUAAGUUGUUGGUUAAGUUGUUUUCCAUUAUUUUUUUUCUUCGUUUUUAAUCGGUCGAUAGUGUUAAUUAUUUUAAGCACCAUACAUAGACAAAUAAACCAAA